CACAACCCUGAGACCAAGAGUCGCAUGCUCUACCGACUGCGCCAGCCAGGUGCCCCUGGUCAGUUGUUUUUAGAUAACUUGAAUAUCUCCAGCACUCACCAUCUGAUUAUAAAGACUACCACAUUAAAAUCAAAUCGUGGCUUAUGCCAGCCUAGAGCCAUCCUGCCAGUGUGGGAAUUCCCCUGUGAAGUCCACUGCCCUGCCUGUUUUCUGGGUGUCCCCAGAUGUGUCUCAUUGCACUCAGAAAGCAAUCUCGGAUGUCAUUUGCUGUUGGUGACAGCGGGAGCCUCUGUUGAGCUGAGGCUCCUGCAUUAACGUUGCUAGCUGUGCCAGAGAUAGGCCCACUCGUCCAUGCCGCUGCCAGGCCUCAUGCCGCUGCCAGGCCCCAUGCGUGGGAUGCCCGUCAUUCUGGCCCUGACGCUCUUGGACCCUUAGGGUGCUCUGAGAGCAUAGCCGGAGCAAAGUGACAAGGGAAAGUGCCCCGUCUUGUUACACAGUCAGGAGGGUGGCUUGGGCCCCAGGUGGGCAGCUUGGCAGCUCUAUGUCUGCGGCCUGUCCUUUUCUCGGUAGAGGGGCUGGGGCAGGAGUUCAAGGACCAGCCUCUGGGAGGUAUCUGCAAUGGCUGAUCCUCUGCCCCUCCCAUCCUGGUGUGGAAUGCAGUCCUCCUGCCAAGCUCCUCCCCCCAAGAUCCAAGAUCCAAGAUCCAAGAUCCAAGAUCCAAGAUCCACCAUCCAAAAGUCUUUCAGUGGCCACCAUCAUCCUCGGUCAGGUCCAGAUGAGUGGGUCUCUGCAACAUGAAUACUGAUGGCGAUUUUUCUAGGCAGCUCCUUAUGCCUAUGAUCAUAUCACGUAUUUCAUAUCAUAUCAUAUUACAUUAUACAACAUACCAUAUGUAGACACACACGGUGGGGGAGGAGGGUUGUCUCUAUCUCCCCAGUUAGCAUGUCUGCAUCUUUCAGCUCUAGUCUAGUUGGAAGCACAUACCUUAAAAUAUUAACAGUGAUUCUCUCUGAGGAAAGAGACCAUGGAGGGUAUUCAUUUUCUUUGUUCUGUUCUGAGCUGUCCGUUGUAAUUUUUUUCUCUGAAUACCCAUUAGGGCAAGACGGUGUGUGCGGCUCCGAGGCUCGUCUCAGCCCCCGGCUGAGAGUUUGGCACGCAGUAGAUGCUCCAUAAAGGUGCGAACGAAUAGCAGGGAUUACUUGUCCAGACCGUAAAGGAGCUGGUUUAGCAAUAACAGGCAGGCGGCUUUGGCGCUCUGGCGCCUGGCCUGCUCCACGUGGACCCUGCCAGGUCCGGCGCCCGUGGUUCCGGCUCUGCCCGGCGCCCCGGCAUUGACGCCUGGCGGGGCGGGGUGUCUGGCGCCACCGGGCCGGGUGCCCUGGCCCUCUGCGAUCGCGGCCGCGCGGGCAGCCCGGGCCGCCCCACCCGUGCGGGGGGAAGGGAGGGGACCAGAGUCAUCAGGAGCUCGCCAGGCCGCUUCCGGCGCCUCGCGCAGCCUCCCCCAAUCAGGCUCUGCUCUGGCACCUCCAUGCCCGGUUCUGAGCGUCUCCCCGCGGAGCUGCUUCUCCGAACGUUCCCCGCAGGCUCCCCCGGCCUCCGCCCUGCAAGCUGUUGGGUCUACAGGGUCGCACCUCUUGGGGCAUCGCCUCUGUGUUCUCGAGCCGCACGUCCCGGAAGUCAGCCUCUCGCUCAGAGCACGCCGAUGGUGCCAUGGCAGACGGUGAGGGGUACCGGAGCCCUACGGAGGUGCAGAUGAGCCAGAUGGUGCUGCCUUGCCACACCAACCAGCGCGGCGAGCUGAGUGUUGGGCAGCUGCUCAAGUGGAUCGACACCACCGCCUGCCUGUCCGCCGAGAGGCAUGCUGGCUGCCCCUGCGUCACUGCUUCCAUGGAUGAUAUCUAUUUUGAGCACACCAUUAGUGUCGGACAAGUGGUGAAUAUCAAGGCCAAGGUGAACCGGGCCUUCAACUCCAGCAUGGAGGUGGGCAUCCAGGUGGCCUCUGAGGACCUGUGCUCUGAGAAGCAGUGGAGUGUGUGCAAGGCCUUGGCCACCUUUGUGGCCCACCGGGAGCUCUCCAGGGUGAAGCUGAAGCAGACCACACCACAGACGGAGGAGGAGAAGAUGGAGCACAGCGUGGCGGCUGAGCGCCGGCGCAUGCGGUUGCUCUAUGCGGACACCAUCAAGGACCUCCUGGCCAACUGCGCCAUUCAGGAUGAUCUGGAGAGCAGGGACUGCAGCUGCAUGGUGCCCGCCGAGAAGACCCGCGUGGAGAGCGUGGAGCUGGUCCUGCCUCCCCAUGCCAACCACCAAGGCAAUACCUUUGGGGGCCAGAUCAUGGCCUGGAUGGAGAACGUGGCCACCAUCGCAGCCAGCCGGCUGUGCCGCGCCCACCCUACGCUGAAGGCCAUUGAGAUGUUCCACUUCCGGGGCCCCUCCCAGGUCGGGGACCGCCUAGUACUCAAGGCCAUCGUGAACAACGCCUUCAAACAUAGCAUGGAGGUGGGCGUGUGCGUGGAGGCUUACCGCCAGGAGGCUGAGACGCAUCAGCGGCACAUCAACAGUGCCUUCAUGACCUUCGUGGUCCUGGACGCAGAUGAGCAGCCUCGGACACUGCCCUGGGUUCGGCCCCAGCCUGGGGAUGGCGAGCGGCGCUACCGAGAGGCUAGUGCCAGGAAAAAGAUCCGACUGGACAGGAAGUACAUUGUGUCCUGUAAACAGGCAGAAAUGCCCCUCUCUGUUCCCUGGGACCCUAGCAACCAGGUGUACCUGAGCUACAACAACGUCUCCUCCCUGAAGAUGCUCGUGGCCAAGGACAACUGGGUGCUGUCUUCGGAGGUCAACCAGGUCCGCUUGUACACUCUGGAGGAAGACAAGUUCCUCUCCUUCCACAUGGAGAUGUCAGUGCACGUGGACGCCACCCAGGCCUUCCUGCUGCUCUCGGACCUGCUGCGGAGGCCCGAGUGGGACAAACACUACCGGAGCGUGGAGCUAGUGCAGCAGGUAGAUGAGGACGAUGCCAUCUACCAUGUCAUCAGCCCUGUCCUGGGUGGUGAUGCCAAGCCCCAGGACUUUGUGAUCCUGGCCUCUCGGCGGAAACCUUGUGACAACGGGGACCCCUAUGUCAUCGCGAUGCGGUCAGUUACGCUGCCCACACACCCUGAGACGCCAGCAUAUAGGCGUGGGGAGACACUCUGCUCGGGUUUCUGCUUCUGGAGAGAGGGGGACCAGCUGACCAAGGUGUCCUACUACAACCAGGCUACCCCAGGCUUUCUCAACUACGUGACCACCAACGUGGCUGGUCUCUCCUCAGAGUUCUACACCACCUUCAAGGCCUGUGAGCAGUUCCUGUUGGACAACCGGAACGAUCUGGCCCCCAGCCUGCAGACCCUCUAAGCGCCCCCCAGUGGCCACUGCACACCCACUCCCCCUCCAUCCUGCCCCCAGGGACACACAUGCAGUGCAUGGAGGCAGGCAGGGGCAUUUAUUCCUUGCUGUCUCCCCCGUGGGAAGCCUGGAGCCAGGGGCCCACCGGCCCAGCACCCAU